GCGAGCGGUGCACGCGUCAGCAGCUGCGGGCGACGCAAGUUCCGGACCGGGUUCAGCGUCCUCGCCUCACGCCCCUCUCUGUCCUCGCCUGACAGCGGCUCCUCUGCCCCGCCCGAGCUUUCGGAGGGCGUCCCUUCGUCGCCUCAGCGGCGGCACCGUUCUCUCGUGAAGCACUCCCCCCAGCUCCAUGAAUGGAAAUCGGCUCCGCAGGACCCAUUGGGGCCCAGCCCCUACUCAUAGUGCCCAGAAGACCUGGAUAUGGCACUAUGGGCAAACCCAUUAAACUGCUGGCUAACUGUUUUCAAGUUGAAAUCCCAAAGAUUGAUGUCUACCUCUAUGAGGUAGAUAUUAAACCAGACAAGUGUCCUAGGAGAGUGAACAGGGAAGUAGUUGACUCAAUGGUUCAGCAUUUCAAAGUGACUAUAUUUGGAGACCGUAGACCAGUCUAUGAUGGGAAAAGAAGCCUUUACACAGCCAAUCCACUUCCUGUGGCAACUACGGGGGUAGAUUUAGAUGUUACAUUACCUGGGGAAGGUGGCAAAGAUCGACCUUUCAAGGUGUCAGUCAAAUUUGUAUCCCGGGUGAGUUGGCACCUGCUACAUGAAGUGCUGACGGGACGGACUUUGCCUGAGCCACUGGAAUUAGACAAGCCAAUCAGCACUAACCCGGUCCAUGCCGUUGACGUGGUGCUACGACAUCUACCCUCCAUGAAAUAUACACCUGUGGGGCGUUCCUUUUUCUCAGCUCCAGAAGGAUAUGACCACCCUCUGGGAGGGGGCAGGGAAGUAUGGUUUGGAUUCCAUCAAUCUGUUCGGCCUGCCAUGUGGAAAAUGAUGCUAAAUAUUGAUGUUUCUGCCACUGCCUUCUACAAAGCACAACCUGUAAUUCAAUUCAUGUGUGAAGUUCUUGACAUUCAUAACAUUGAUGAGCAACCCAGACCUCUGACUGAUUCUCAUCGGGUCAAAUUCACUAAGGAGAUAAAAGGUCUGAAGGUUGAAGUGACUCAUUGUGGAACAAUGAGACGGAAAUACCGUGUUUGUAAUGUAACAAGAAGGCCCGCCAGCCAUCAAACCUUUCCUUUGCAGUUAGAAAACGGGCAGACUGUGGAGAGAACUGUAGCACAGUAUUUCAGAGAAAAGUACUCUCUUCAGCUGAAGUACCCCCACCUUCCCUGUCUGCAAGUGGGGCAGGAGCAGAAGCAUACGUACCUGCCGCUGGAAGUCUGUAAUAUUGUGGCUGGGCAACGAUGUAUCAAGAAACUAACCGACAAUCAGACUUCUACUAUGAUUAAGGCAACAGCAAGAUCUGCACCAGAUAGACAAGAGGAAAUUAGCAGAUUGGUAAGAAGUGCAAAUUAUGAAACAGAUCCAUUCGUUCAGGAGUUCCAAUUUAAAGUCCGGGAUGAAAUGGCCCACGUAACCGGACGUGUACUUCCGGCACCUAUGCUGCAGUAUGGAGGACGGAACCGGACAGUGGCAACACCGAGCCACGGCGUGUGGGACAUGCGAGGAAAACAGUUCCAUACAGGAGUUGAAAUCAAAAUGUGGGCCAUAGCUUGUUUUGCCACACAGAGGCAGUGCAGAGAGGAGAUCCUGAAAGGUUUCACGGACCAGCUGCGGAAGAUUUCCAAGGAUGCGGGGAUGCCCAUCCAGGGUCAGCCUUGCUUCUGCAAAUACGCGCAGGGAGCAGACAGCUUAUUAAUUGUGACUAUUAUCAAUGCAUUGCCCGCAGUUUACAUUAAAGUCCACAGCAUAGCGGAGGUGAAACGUGUAGGAGAUACACUUUUGGGGAUGGCUACACAGUGUGUGCAAGUCAAGAAUGUAAUAAAAACAUCUCCUCAAACUCUCUCAAACUUGUGCCUAAAAAUCAAUGUUAAGCUUGGAGGAAUCAAUAAUAUUCUUGUACCUCAUCAAAGACCUUCUGUGUUCCAGCAACCAGUGAUCUUCCUGGGCGCAGACGUCACUCACCCACCUGCUGGGGAUGGGAAGAAGCCCUCCAUCGCUGCUGUUGUAGGUAGCAUGGACGCCCAUCCAAGCAGAUACUGUGCCACAGUAAGAGUUCAGAGACCUCGGCAGGAGAUCAUCCAGGACUUGGCCUCCAUGGUCCGGGAACUGCUCAUCCAGUUUUAUAAGUCAACCCGAUUCAAACCUACUCGCAUUAUCUUUUAUCGGGAUGGUGUUUCAGAAGGGCAGUUUAGACAGGUAUUAUACUAUGAGCUACUAGCAAUUCGAGAAGCCUGUAUCAGUUUGGAGAAAGACUAUCAACCUGGAAUAACCUACAUUGUAGUUCAGAAGAGACAUCACACACGAUUGUUUUGUGCUGACAGAACAGAAAGGGUUGGGAGAAGUGGCAACAUCCCAGCUGGAACCACAGUUGACACCGACAUCACGCACCCAUAUGAAUUUGACUUCUAUCUCUGUAGCCAUGCUGGGAUACAGGGAACCAGCCGCCCUUCACACUAUCACGUCUUGUGGGAUGACAACUGCUUCACCGCGGAUGAACUCCAGCUGCUGACGUACCAGCUCUGUCACACCUACGUGCGCUGCACAAGAUCCGUCUCUAUCCCUGCACCAGCGUACUAUGCUCACCUGGUGGCAUUCAGAGCCAGAUACCAUCUUGUGGACAAGGAGCAUGACAGUGCUGAAGGAAGCCACGUUUCAGGACAGAGCAAUGGGCGAGAUCCACAGGCUCUUGCCAAGGCUGUGCAGAUUCACCAAGAUACCUUACGCACAAUGUACUUCGCUUAACAAGUCCGAGUGAGUUCUCUGAGAGGACGAGCUGAAAGACGAGUCAACAUACAAUGUAUGUUUCAGGGGAGUCCGCUCACUGGGGAUGCUCCAGCCACACAGAGGCCAACACUAUAUAGGGGUCUGGUCCUUUUGCUGGUCCAAGGAAAACUGUUUACUCUGUCAAGGAACACAGCACCAUCAUGCACUAGGAAACCAGCCAGCUGCUUUUCGGCAGUCUCCUGUAGGAAGCAUCGCGGUUGUUUAUUUCCACUUCUUACGGUCUAACCCUUUUAAUGCCUUUACCUCAAGUUGCUUGGCAGCACAACUAUCUUUGCAAAAAAGUAAAGAAAAAGUGAAUGAUGGUUUAAGAACACACACCUACACAAGCAAUGAUUGUUCAGUUACAUGUGCAGAAAAAGUAAUGUGCAUUUGUCUAUUCUUGUAAAGGAGUCUGUAUUUUAAAUACACACAUGUAUACUUGAUGUGCAUAUAUAUCUAGAUCGAGACAAAGAUAUAUAUGUAUCUGUGUCUAUAUUUUAUAGUUCCUUCCACUGGGGAGCUUUCUUUCCCUCGUAUCCCUCCGUAUGCCACUGUCAUUUCUUUAACUACCUGGUUGCCUUCAGCAUCUACACUUUUGUCCCUACCGCUACAAAUGACACUCAUGUUCAUAUUUAUGACCCAUUUGAAGUAAAGCAUGGCAAACUAGAUUUGUUUUCGUUUACAUACCCUACUCCUAACUCCUAUCUCUUACACGAUCUGAAUCCUCGUCUCCUGAGGCCAUAUUUGCCAGUGUCUGCUUCUUCUUGUCCUGGACUUAACCUUUGCCCUGUGUGCACUGUGUCUAGAAGCGGGGCCACCCGAGUAUCCCUUUCUGCAGUGAGCGUGUUAAAGCUGCUAUAAAUACGAACCCUUGUCAGAAGUCUUUCUGAUCAGGGACAAAUGUUCUGAAGCCUCUGUGUGAGUUAUACCUGGAAAUCCCUCAAAGCUUUUAUAAAGGGGAAAUAUUUUAAAAAUCUGAAACUCUAUAAGACGGAAAGAGAAAAGGAAUUAGGGUUUUGUUUUAUGCUAGUUUACUCACUACCCUCAUACCUUAAUGUGAUUUUCAUAUAUACAUUUUAUAUAUGUGUAUGCUUAUAGAUAAACAUACAUGUAUGUUGAAGUAUAGCUCCUUUUGCUUUUAUACUCAAUAGAAUAGUGCUUUAAUGAUCAUAAACUGUAUUGGCUACACCUUUUAUAGAAAUGUAACCAUGUUUAAUAAUAGACUAGUUUUUCUCUCUUUUAGUGCAAUAAUCAGUUUUAAAGGAAAGUUGUAUCUGUCGUCUUCACCACGGACAACAGGAACAGGCACCUCUGUCAUUUAAAAGGGGGCAAAGUAAUACAGCCUUAAUUUCAGAAGGAGAGCUUCAUAAUUUUCAGUUUUAAAGCACGACCAGGAAGUAAAACGACUAAAUGAGGCUCACCUGAGAGAUGGAAACACAAUUGCACUUCAGCUUGAAAGAACAGCAGUGAUGGCCAGGCAGCGGUGGUGCACGCCUUUAACCCCAGCACUCAGGAGACAGCCUGGUCUCCAGAGCAAAUGCCAAGACAGCCAUGACUAUACAGAGAAACCCUGUCUCCAAAAACAAGCAAAAAAAGACAGUGAACACCUUAAGGUUUAAAGAUUUUUUUUAAUUAUUUAAAAUAGAUCUUGAUUGUUCAAGAAUUGUGCUUCUUUGACCAAAAGAAAUCAAGAAAAUACUGGGUGGGGUUUUUUUCCUAUCUUUUCACCAGUGUGACUUUCUCUUUCAAACUAAGAUGACAAUGACAAAGGAAUUUAGGACUUUGACCAUUUAAAGUUAGUUAAGUUUCUGAACAUGGGGGAAAUCUUUAAAAGCUUAUUUUUCUCCACUUCUUAGUCAAUAAGUUUCGUUGAUCACUUUUAGGCUGCCAACGCUGAGUUUCUCAGUGAUGUAGGGUUCAGGGAACUUUGUACUCUAUAAUUCAUGAAAAUUUCAUCUGAAUUUUCUCUGUUCUUAUUAACACACUGGUUUGGGGACAGACACUACAGUUUGCUGUGGGCACUGUCAGCCUUUCAGGAACUCCAUCUGCGUGUGGAAAGUGAUGGACCUAGAUCUUCAUAUGCUUGCUGCCUCUAAUCCACUGCUAGUGCCCAUUUACUGCACUUUGAGCCUGAACUCUGAGCCCAUGUCCUCCCAUAGGUAUGAGGUCUUUUGUCCCUCUGACAGAAAACUAAGAAAGUACUAUAUUUUUCCUUUCAUUGCUUUGAAGGACCUAAGCUGCAAUUCUCAAUGCCAUUUCAAAGCACUUUACAAAGGAUAUUUGUGUAACUUGUAAAUUUUUUUUCCCUUCCAAAACUUUCCCAUCUCCUCCCUGGCCAAAGGAAAAUUCCUUGAAACAUGUUUGGGGUUGGUUUGUUCGCUUGCUUGCUUUGAAGACAAAGUCUCCCUAUAUUGCCAUUCUGGCCUCCAGCGCCUGGGCUCCAGCAGUCUUCUGGCCUCAGCCUCCCUGGUAGCUGGACCAUAGGGUUCCUACCACCGUGUCUGGCGGUUUGGGAAGAUGGGCAAGAGAAGAGAAUAGUGCAGCCUCUGUCUGUGCAGUGUAAGUAAAACAUCUUCCUCUGUCUGCAGCUUCUGCACAUAUUCAUGUGAGGGACUUAGGGAACAACAUGGACACCCUGUCUUUUUCCUGACCUUGGAUCUCACGUGUGCCAGAGUGAAGCCCUUACUUUAACUCUUAUUUGGAAGGAUUUUUUUUUAAGGGGUAAGAUUUUUUUUUUCUAAAAUAUAAGGUUUUAUCUUUUGAAUGGUUUCUUUUUUAGAAUGCUCUUACAUUAUUCAGUCUUGCUAGUUUAAGAUAAUUAACUUAGAAGAAUAUGUAUAGUAUAUUUCUAUUUUCCGUCGACUUAGAAAUUGGUAUACCAAACUCAAUGCCAACAAACUUUGUGUUUAGAGUUUUAAGGUAAAAGGCUUAUGGAAAAUACUUCUUAAAAUUUAUAGUAAUUAUUUUUGCACUUCUGGAUAGAAUUCCUAAUCGUUUUCUCAAGUUCCUUUUUUAGUUUAAACCUCAUGAAACCAUAGUAACUUUUCGUUUCUGUCCCUCCUCUUGCUCACUAGCUCGUGAAUGUUGGCCUGCGGGUUUUUAUGGCAUAUCUCAUAAGGCUGAUCAAAACAAACAUCAGUCUAAACAACCGAAUAAUUGGUUUCCAUGUGAGGAAGAGUUGGGAGCUUAAAUGUAUGUUCUGGAUGGCAAAUGUGUCUCUGCAGUGUGCAUGUUACAUGACUCUGUAUUGAAAUGUGUAAGCGCUGGUAUUGAGACGUGUGUUAAUGAUUCUGUAGCUGCUAUAUUUACUUAGGGAGAGGCGACAUUGCUGCACUAACCAAUAAGAUGUGCCAGAUGCCAGGCUAGCAUCCGACCCUUUGGAUUCGUUAGGGAAGUUUAGGGACAUAAAUUAUGAAGGUGACAGCAGGUACUUGAAACAGCUCUAGCUCCAAUCUAGUAACAGAAUAUCUUUGCUUUAGAAAUGUAAGUUUUGGGGUUUUGUUUGUUUGCUUGUUUGUUUUUACAUUGACAGUUCACGGCUGGUACUUGAGUCUUCUCAGUCCUGAGCUUUGGCAUGUUUUCACAGAAAUGUGGAUACCUGUCAUUUUAUUACUAGUUAUCUUUUCACAGGUGUUUCAGAAAAUAAUAUGAUCUGGAAAAAUCCCUUCUCUACACAUGAACUAUUAAUUUACUUUUCUUCCUGAAGAGAAUCUAGAAGGGAUCCCAUAGGAGUGUCCUGUGUGUUUGGGAUGGCUCUUGAUAAAGAUUUAUCUCUACCUCUGACCUAGAGACUCCCCCGUUCUAUAGAGCCAUGCUAGCUUUCCGAGCCAGGCUCUCUAUGGUCCCCACAGCGUAAUAUUGACGUGCAUGGUGCCCUGUGGAUCUUAGGAUGGCAGACUUGAAGUGUGUCUUGGGAAAUAAGAAAGCAACUGCUGCUGAGUAGAAAUGGCUCCAAACUCUCAGUCAGGCAGUGCAAGCACUUGGAGGCCAGCAACAGGCGUGAACCCCAGAGAGACAUCUGCCUGAAGCACGUGCUAGGGCUUUUCAUGUGCUUAAUUUUUACAAAAUUCAAGGAGCUGGCCACUUGGACACUAGUAGAGUCUUUGUUCUCUUUCUGUUUCAAACUUUGAUAGUAAUGUUUUGCCAAGAAGUUUAACUGAUAUCUCUGUAUAAUUUCCACUGGGUGUCAUUAAACCGAGUUAUACAUUUAACUGAGCCGGGUGUAAGGUACACUUAUAAUUCCAGCCUUCAAGAGAAUCAGGAGUCCACGGCCAACCUCAGCUACACGAGACCAUGUUGCAAAACAAGAGCAAAAGGUCCAUUUAUCUUAUCCCUGUAGGUAUUCCUCUGUUGCAGAGAAAGGCUGCUCUUAAUAGUUCCAUGUAGUUUACUUACCUCUUAUGAGAUCAGUGAGUUUGUCAAAGACAGACAGUUCACUUGUCCAGUGUUCCUGACUCAACUGCUUUAUGCAUGUGAAGGGUUAGGCCUUUUCAUCCUUCUGGGGAAUUUGUAGGUAUUUUUGAAGCUUUAAUAAAAAAUAGUCAAAGAGCUUUAUAUCCCAUGAGGUCAUCCUGAGUGAUGCUGUACCCUGACUUAGAGGGUCUUUGUAGUCCUACUUCCUUCCCACCUAACACAUAAGCAUUUCUGUGGUUCUAUAAGAGCCAAAAGCUGAGGGGCUGGAGAGUUGGCUCAGCGAUUAAGAACACUGACUGCUUCAGUUCCCAGCACCCACCUGUCUGUGAGUCCAUUCCAGGAGAUCCAACACGCUCACACAGACAUUCAUGCAAGCAAAACACCAGUGCUUAUGAAAUAAAAAUAAAAAUAAAUUAAUUAUUUUUAAAAAAGAGUUGAAAAUUAAGCCAUAAAUAAGUUUGUAAAAGUCAGUACAGAGGGCAGGAGAUGGCUCAGCAGGGAAAGACACCACCAAGUCUGAAAACCUGAGUUCAAUCUUUGGGACCCAAACCGUGGAAAGAGAACCAACUCCUAUAAAUUGUCCUCUGACCUCCAUCCACAUGCCAUGGCGCCACUCCUGUGGGCUCAAGUACAUGCACGCGUGCGCGCACACACACAUACUCACACAUAAAUGUAACUUUUUUUUUUUUGAUUUUUCGAAACAGGAUUUCUGUGUAAUAUCCCUGACUGUCCUGGAACUUGCUCUGUAGACCAGGCUAGUCUCAAACUCAUAGAAAUCUGCCUGCCUCUGCCUCCCGUGUGAUGUGGGAUGUCCUUCUGUGUAUGUGUCACUUAUAUUGGUUGACGAAUAAAGCCAAUGGUAGGAUAAAAGGGUGGAUUACUGAAUCUACUGAUGAACCAAUAAAAGCAGCACACACACAGAAGGACAUCCCACGCCACUCGAGUGCCAGGACUAAAGGCGUGAGUGACCCUCACACCCAGAGGCUGAGGCCAGAGGGUCUUGAGUUCAAGACCAAAAUGGGCUACAUACAAUUUGAGGCCAGCCUAGGCUACAUAGCAGUACUCUGUCUCCAAAUUUUUGGUUUGGGCAAACCCAAAAGAAAAGAACAAAAACAAAAGAAAUCAGAGGGGCUGGAGGGAUGGUU